GGAAGGCGGAGCUCUCGCUCUUUUUGCGAUGGAAUCAAACAGGGACGAAGCGGAGCAUUGCAUCGAGAUUGCUGAGGCAGCUUUCCGGAAUGGUCAGCAAGAGAAAGCGAAGCGGUUCUUAGAGAAGGCUCAGAGGCUGUUUCCGACGCAAAGGGCGCAAGCCUUACUGGAGUCAAUCACACAAAAUGGCCAGCCAUUCAGUGGAGAUCAUUGUUCAAAACCUACUGAAUCUGCGGGUACCAAACAGAGGAAAACUGGAAGUACGGUCAAUUCAGAAGCUGGGGAAGGAGUUGGUGAUACUGGAAAAUCAUAUACGUCAGAACAGCUUGAUGCUGUCAAAAGGAUAAAGCAGUGUAAGGACUACUAUGAGAUUCUUGGAGUUAGCAGGGAUGCGUCGGAUGAAGAUCUGAAAAAGGCUUACAGAAAAUUGGCAUUAAAGUUUCAUCCUGAUAAAAACCAUGCACCUGGGGCUACAGAGGCAUUUAAAGCUAUUGGUAAUGCUUACGCUGUGCUGAGUAAUUCAGAAAAACGAAAACAAUAUGACCAGUUUGGUGAAGAAAAAGGUCACAGGCAUGGACAUUCACAUACAGACUUUCACAGAGGCUUUGAAGCCGAGAUCUCACCCGAAGAUCUUUUCAACAUGUUUUUUGGAGGUGGCUUUCCAUCAAGCAACGUUCAUGUGUACAGUAAUGGUCGAAUGCGAUACACUUACCAGAGGCCAGAGAGGAGAGAGCAGCAAGGGGAUGGAGGUCUUGCUCUUUUUGUACAGUUGAUGCCAAUAUUGAUCCUCAUUAUAGUUUCAGCUCUAAGCCAGAUGAUGGUCUCUAGUCCACCCUACAGUCUCAGUCAAAGACCGUCUGUAGGUCACACUCAUAGACGAGUAACAGAGAUCUUGAAGGUGCCUUACUAUGUGACAGAAAAGUUUAAUGAGGAGUAUACUGGGGUGAAUCUGAAAAAUGUGGAAAAAAAUGUAGAAGAUGAUUAUAUAUCAAAUCUCAGAAACAAUUGUUGGAAGGAAAAACAACAAAAGGAUGGUUUACUAUACAGAGCUCGUUAUUUUGGGGAUUCAGAACUUUACCAAAGGGCACAGAAGAUGGGUACUCCUAGUUGCACCAGACUUUCAGAGGUUCAAGCUUCAUUGAAUGGUUAAAAAAGGCAAACAAAACAGAUGGACCCCACUGCCACAAAGACAAGUCAUUCUACAGUUGAAGAGAGAAGCAAGUUGUUUUGAAUUCAGAAACAAUUCACUACAAAAAAAUGAAAAAAAGAUUGCCUUCACUGAAAGUGGACUAGAGAAAAGAACAAAUCUUUUGGAAAUCCAUUAAAUAAUCUUCCUGGUUUUUAAGAGUCACACUUCUAAUCAGUCUGAGACUUUCCUGAGGACUUGUGAGCAGAGAAACGGAAAUCUUGGAAAUGCCUACAAAUGAUUUGCACUGAUGUGACAUACAAAAUAAAAUCCUAAGCUU